AUGGCGUCGACGUCAGCUGCGCAAGCUGAAAUGGUAGCGAGUUUAAUUGGCGAGAAGGUGCUGGCGACACUGGACCAGAAGGAUCAGAAGCUAGACGAAACCAUUAAAAAGCUUGAAGAGGCUGACGACGAUGAACUGGAAAGAUUGCGCCAGAAACGGCUUCAGACCAUGCAGCAGAAAGCACGCAAAGUACAGGAUCUCCGUGCACACGGUCAUGGCGAGUACACGACCAUUGCAGACACACAGGAGUUUUUCAAUACAAUGAAGAAGAGUGAAAAGGUGGUGAUACACUUUUUUACACCUGCUAACGCCUUUUGCCAGCUUGUGGACGAUCAUUUGACUCGUCUCGCACCUCUUCAUGUUGAGACCAAGUUUGCUCGCAUUAAUGCGGAGAAAGCGGAGUAUCUGGUCGAUAAGCUUAGGAUCUGGAUGAUUCCGUGCAUUGCACUUGUCAAUAAGCAGAAAGUGGAGAAGAUGGUGCAAGGUUUAGACGAAUUGGGAGGCACCGACAAGUUUUCGACGGCCUUUUUGGCCUAUUACUUGGGUCUGCACAAGAUGUUGACGUAUGAAGGUCCUGAGCCUGAGAAUCCGUUGGAUAAUUGUGGAGGUGCUUAUGCAACAGGAAGCAACCCCCUGGAGUUGAAGCAGCAACUAAACCAAGAACAAAUGAAUAGUAUUCGUCAGAGCAUCUUUUACGACAGUGACUUGGAGGAAGACGAUGACUAG